AGCUGCCAUUAUUGGAGUUAUGGUGGUGCACAAGUUCAGAGAGAGACGAAUUUUCAACCUUCUUCUCACAGAAAAAGACCGUGAACUCACAGCUCUUCAGCUUCUACUGCAGAAGGAAAGAGAACAUGCCAGACAAACUAAAUUGAAACUUGAAGAGAUGAAAGCCAAAGUAAAUACUCUUCGAACUCAAAAAAGGGGACUUGAUGGUAAGAUCAUGGAGAUGCGAUCUACAAUCUCUUCCCUUAGAGAAGAACAAAGGACAAUUGAGUUGGUACUCGAGGAAAAGCAAAAUGAGAUCAAACUAAUCAGAGGAAGAGAGACAUAUGUCAGCAAUGAUAACCCUCAACUUAAAGCCCUAUCACAGAUGGCAAAGCAGAAAGAAUCGGGAGUUGAGGAGUUGAAGAACCAUCUUGAAGCUCCUGUCAGGAUCUGGUCGGUGAGCACAGACGAUCCAUCAAAUGCAUCUAUAAAUCUGCAAACCAAGACAAGUUUGACAGAAAGGGAUCAAGCAAAUGCUAAUGAUGGAAAGCAAGUUAGUGCCAUGAUGAAUGAAUCCACAAACCAUGAAGUUGCAGACAGCUCAACAGAACAAGCAGAGAGCGGCAGAAGCAAAGCUGUGAUCAGUGAAAAUGAAGAACAAACAACACCAAGUGAAGAUGGAAUGGAGAAUGGAGAAACUAAUGUUGCAAGCAGAGAAGAGAUUGGAGAACAGAGUCAUAAAGUGGAUGAUUCAGAAGAAAGUAUGUCGGAAGAUAGAAGCACCCCUGCUGGGGAAAGAACUGAUGGAGAUGCAGGUAAGAACAUCAAUACUAAGUCUCAAAGUGGGGAAGCUUUAGUAGUGCCAGAAAAUAAUGACAUUGCAAGGACUGAGGCUGUUGGGAACCAUGAUGCUGAAGUGCAAGGGGCCUCAGAUGAUAUGAAUGAAAUGCAAACUACUCAGAGUAAAGUGCUUCAAACAUCAGGGGAUGGUCUUGCAGGGAAAAUAGUUAAUGCCCAAGGUGCUGAAAAUCAAGAUGCUGUGAUUACUUACAAGGGCGGAAUGAAGUUAGAAAUGCCAGACCAACCCCAGAUUUGGCAAAAUAGGCUGGAAAGAGAUCGCUAUUUAAAGAAGACUAAAAGAAAAUGGCUGAAUAAAAUACAUGGAAGUAAAGGAAGCACAGGGAACUCCGUCAGCAAAGAAGCUGCUGUCAUAAAGGAUAAAAGCUUCAUUCAGGGCGCACUGGAAAGUGAAAGGGACGGAUAUAAUGAGAACUUGACGGUGGUUACUGAAUCCAGUUCAGUCUAUCAUGAUAAAAAGAUAUCUGAUGAUCUUCAGACGGGUGAAAAUUCGAAAAUGGAGGCCAAUGAAAAUGUUCUAGAGCAUGGUGAACUGCAAGAGGAUUUGGACCCGAAAAAAGCAGAAAACAACACAGAAGAGGGUAAGGAUGGGCCAAAAGGCACUCGGUUGCUAAAGCAAGAAAAACAUCAAGAAGAUAGAAAUAUUACCACUCAUCUGAUGGCAGAAAAAUGGCAGACACUAAAUAAUACAAGCAUAAGCACUGAACUUGAAAAUAUUCCCUUGGAGGACACACCAACAAGCACAACCAUCCACAUUGAGGAAGCAACAUCCUCAAAGGCCAAACAUCAGGAACAACCAUAUCUGGAAGAAUCAGAGCAACAAGCCGUAGAGCUCCAUCGGCCGGAAGAGAGAAUAGAUGCUCAUAAAGAUGAGGUUUCAGAACAAACAGAAACUGAUAACAACGACAAAGAACUAGACAAUCCUGAGAUGGAGAAUCUUAAAGAGACUGAAUCAGAAAGUGAUGCUUCCAGAGAAUCCUUAUCAAACUUUGAAACAGAUGGAGAAUUGAACUCUGACAGAUCUAACGAGCCUGAGUAUUAGUAGGUGCAUAUAGACGGUCGAUGUUUAUUGGAUACUUUAGAUUUUUUCAAUUGGAGCUUUUCAAACGAUACUUGCGUGGCUGCAUUUGGGGACUUUUAUUGCUUUA